GUAUAAGACCCACGCGUUACGGGCCUCAGCAGCUUAUUUGUUUUCGAAAAGCCUCGACGAUCGGACGGAUCUUGGCCUGGUACGCGUUCUCGCCUAGUGUAACCACACCUAUCGUUACUUUUCUGCUGUCUCCUAUCACGUAUUGCAACCGCUCAAGGAUUCAGUGCAGUUCGGGAUCGUCGCGAGUGACUUCAGCGGACCUGAGUUUUGUGUACACGGUAGUGAUCUGGAAAAGUGUCAGUGAAUUCCGGAGCAACUAGUUACAACCACCGAGGUUAUUGAGAACGGGUUAUGAAGCAUACAUUAUUGCUGAUCCCUCUCGCAGGGCUUUUAUCGUUGACCGGUGCACAAUAUGGACCUCAACCGCCCCGAAUCAACAUCCCCGGUGCCGUUCCGAUACCCAUAGUACGUGGUGUGCCGAUCCGUGAAGAACGAGUGCUUUCCCACCACCAGGUCCCAGUGCUGCGAGUACGCCGGCCGGGUUCGAUCCGUCCAAACCAGAUUCCAAAUGCGAUUCAAAUUUCAACCCCUAAGUUUCUCGAGCCGGCGCAUAAACCCGUCACCGAAGAACGCGAAGAGCACGAAAACUCCCAACCAUUUAUUCCAAUCAUCCAUACCUCUCCUGCUCCCCAACAGCACUCCAUACCCGAAGAAUUAGACGAACGUGAAAUUCAACAAAACAUCCUUUCCCGAUUCAACUCACAGGACAACCGACCUGCCCCCAUUCCACGGGCCCAAAUUCCAGAGCGAUUCUUUUCAACGGACAAGGAGGUAUUACCUAAUGCGCAGCGAUUCAACGUACCAUCCGAGCGCCCAUCCGCACCAGUUCCAGCUCCAAAGCAGUACCGUCCAGCCCAGCAACAAGUCAUCUCAAGGCCCGCCCCAGUCCGCCACCAGCAGCAUUUAGAUGAUGAAAAUCGACCGCACAACAGCCGACAGCACUCCGAUAACGAACGCCGACGCAAGCCAGUUGCCCAAAUUUUGCGUAAGUGGCGUGAGGAACACGAGGAUGGUUCUAUCACGUGGGGCUUUGAAAACGACGACGGUUCUUUCAAAGAGGAAACCAUCGGCAUCGAUUGUGUUACUCGUGGACGCUAUGGUUAUGUUGAUCCCGACGGUGAAAAACGUGAAUACAGUUAUGAGACUGGCAUCCUGUGCGACCCUAAUAAGCGCGACGAAGAGGAUGAAGAGGAGUUGGAAGAUGAAAUACAGCUCAGGAACAAUGCCGGCAAAACAAAGCGGCCGGCCCAGGGCCAGUUUAAUAGAAACUAAUAUUUUUAGGCUGUCCUCUUCGACGAAGUACUAACUCUAGUAAGGAUUUCUCUUCGAAAAAUUUACUCGUGCGGUUCGAUUCACGUCAGGGUGCUAUUUUCGUCAUUAGGAUUGUAUUUAUUAUAAUUGUACGACUUAAACUUUCUAAUUAAAAGAAAAGAAUUGAAACAAACUCCACUCUCGCGAAAAACUUUCUCGUGUUAAA